UUUUUUUGCUUUCUAUGAGUCCAUGUUUUGAUUUAACAACAAAUUUAUCUCAACUUUCAUAUGGCGUAUUUUCACAGCUUUCCCGUCAACUCGAUUCUCAAGAAUUAUGGCUUGAUUUGUUUAGUGAUCAAGAGAAAAGUAGUGCUUACAGCCUUAGUGUUGCUGAAAAGGAUAAAUGCUUGCGUCUGUCAGAACCAGGCGCUUAUCUCCUCAGAUUGCUGGGUAAUCGAGGACAGAAUGUUAAAAGUUUCCUAGCAAAAUUGCAUUCAUCUGCAAAAAUUUAUGGUCCAAAAAUGGAUAUACCUCAGUUGAUUUUGCAUAGAAAAUUUUGUCCAGUUAUUUGGUCACGUCCAGAACAAAUAAUUGUUUAUAUUGAUAAAUCUGAAGAUAAUUUAUUAGAAAAAAAUACUUCGAUAGAUAAGGAUAAUUCUUCAAUUAUUAACCACCACUUACGGUUGCAAUGCAAAGCUAGUGGAUUUCCAACACCUUUGUAUCAGUGGCUAGAUGAUGAUAGAAAAUUGGAGGGGGCUAAUCAAUCCUCUUUAAUUAUUUUAAGAUGCCCAUGUACAGCAAGAAAUGUUUUUCGAUGUAAAGUUUGGAAUCAAGUAGAAGAAGGCAAAGAAUGGUCAGAAUUUUAUAGAGCUACAGGAAAAACAUUUUAUUCUGAAUUAAUUUCGGAUAUUGUUGAUCUCUCCUCUUUUGCUGUUCCGUUUGCUGACUGUGAAAACUGUUACAAACAAAAAAUGGAAGAAUUAGCUAAACGUCUAGGUGAUGAACACAAACUUGGAAAUUCUAAUGAUAAUUUAAAUCUACAUGAAGAUGACCCUAUGACAACAAUGGCCCCAGAAGAAUUAAUAGCAUCAGACAAAGUAGCUCUAAUAAUUUCAAAUCGUUCAUAUUCCCCAAAUAUGACUAAUUUAAUUACUCCACAUUGUGAUGCUGAAACAUUAGCAGACGCUCUUCAACAACUUAAUUUUAAAACUGUUACUUUGGGGGAUUUAAAUCUUUCUGAAAUGAAACAAAUGAUUAAUGCUUACAAAAAGUUGUUGGGGGAGGGAGUUUAUGCCAUUUUUUAUUUUGCUGGUCACGGUUUUGAAGCAAAUGGCCAGUGUUAUUUACUACCAAUCGGCGCCCCUGCAAACGAUUAUGGCCCUCAAGAUUGUCUUAGUAUGGAUUUGGUGAUGAAUGAAUUUCGUGAUUUCCAUCCAGCAUUAAAUUUAAUAUUGUUGGAUAUGUGCCGGAGAUUUUUACCUUUAAAUAUCGAUGCGUUUGUGGCUUAUUCUGAACGGUUUAGACAAGGCGAAAUUAAAAUUAAUAGAAAUACUGUUUACGGUUAUGCUACAAGUGAGGGUAUCGGCGCCUAUGAAGUUAAAGGAGAAAUGAACGGUGUUUUUAUGAAAUAUUUGAAGAAACGAAUAAAACAGCCUAGGCCAUUACUUGAUAUGUUAAAUAAAGUAUUUUUAGAUAUAGAAAGAGACCCAAAAGUCAGGGAUGUCCAAAUCCCAGAGCUUCGUUCAAAUUUAACCAAACAACGAACUCUACUCGAUCCCUUAUGUAAAGAUGGGCAUACAACCUCAUAUAAUCACCACACAUUUCAUUGGAGAACAAUGCAUGAAUUGCCUAUACCUGUACAAAUUGAAUUUUCUGAAUUAAAAUUACAAGUGACUAUAUGGUUCGAUUUUUGUGGGCAUUUUACUAAUAAAGUUUAUGUAUUUAGUAGUGUUGAAGAUUUAAUUCCAAAAGAUGAAGAUUUUCAAGAAUUUAUGGAAGGGAAAAAUAAAGAAGAUUUAAAUAAAGGAGAAGACGGAAGAAUGCUAGUCAGUGAUUGUAAAACAUGUUCAGAAUGGGCAUUGUCUCAUUUGGCUUAUUUGCGCUUUCCUGAGGUGUUUUUGUUUUAA